CCAGAGCCCACCACACGGGCCGGGUUGGGGCUCCCGGCGGGAACCGGGUGGCCGAAACCCGGCCCUGGUCUACGUUUUAGGCGCUGGGCAGGGUCUGCCGAGAGCCCUCCUCGUUUUCUCCCUUUGCAAGGCCUAAUGGGAGUUGUAGUUUAGCGGUAGGAAGACCCGCUCGCCCAGUCCCUUCCCCCCAUUUCCUCUACGCCCCGGAUGAGGGCGAAGACUCAGGACAGCGGGGCCCGGCCCAGAGAAGGCCGAACUACAAUUCCCGAUGGACCCGAGAUUCCAGUACGCAGUCACAGGUGAUGCCAUGGAGAAUGGAAAACCUGGUCCAGUGCAGGUCGUUUUGGUUCAUAAAGAGCAGCACUCCUUUGAGCUAGAAGAGAGAGCCUUGGCCAGCGUCCUCCUCCAAGACCAUAUCCGAGAUCUUGAUGUAGUGGUAGUAUCAGUGGCUGGUGCUUUUCGAAAGGGCAAAUCCUUCAUUCUGGACUUUAUGCUGCGAUACUUAUAUUCUCAGAAGGAACAUGGUCAUUCAAAUUGGUUGGGUGACCCAGAAGAACCACUGACAGGAUUUUCAUGGCGCGGAGGCUCUGACCCAGAAACUACUGGGAUUCAGAUUUGGAGUGAAGUUUUCACUGUGAAGAAGCCAUGUGGGAAAGAGGUUGCAGUUGUUCUGAUGGAUACCCAGGGGGCCUUUGACAGCCAGUCAACUGUGAAAGAUUGUGCUACCAUUUUUGCUCUAAGCACUAUGACUAGUUCUGUUCAGAUUUACAAUUUGUCCCAGAAUAUUCAGGAAGAUGAUCUUCAGCAGCUACAGCUCUUCACAGAAUAUGGCCGUCUGGCAAUGGAUGAAAUUUUCCAGAAACCUUUCCAGACAUUAAUGUUUUUGGUUCGAGACUGGAGUUUUCCUUAUGAAUAUAACUAUGGACUGCAAGGAGGAAUGUCGUUUUUGGAUAAGCGUUUACAGGUGAAGGAACAUCAACAUGAAGAAAUUCAGAACGUUCGAAAUCAUAUUCACUCAUGUUUCUCGGAUGUCACCUGUUUUCUCUUACCACAUCCAGGGCUCCAGGUGGCCACAAGCCCUGACUUUGAUGGGAAAUUGAAAGAUAUUGCUAGUGAAUUCAAAGAGCAGCUACAGACUCUAAUACCAUAUGUACUAAACCCAUCUAAGUUAAUGGAGAAGGAGAUCAAUGGUUCAAAAGUCACCUGCCGGGGACUCUUGGAAUAUUUUAAGGCAUAUAUUAAAAUUUACCAAGGAGAAGAUCUGCCUCACCCGAAAUCCAUGCUUCAGGCCACUGCUGAAGCCAACAACCUGGCAGCCGCAGCCUCUGCCAAAGACAUUUACUACAGCAGCAUGGAGGAGAUUUGUGGGGGAGAGAAACCUUAUUUGUCUCCAGACAUUUUAGAAGAAAAGCACCAAGAAUUCAAACAACUUGCUCUGGACCACUUUAAGAAGACCAAAAAGAUGGGUGGGAAGGAUUUUAGCUUCCGUUACCAGCAGGAGCUAGAGGAGGAAAUCACAGAACUGUAUGAGAACUUCUGCAAACACAAUGGUAGCAAGAACGUCUUCAGCACCUUCCGAACCCCUGCAGUUCUGUUCACAGGCAUAGCUGUGUUGUACAUAGCCUCGGGCUUAACCGGCUUCAUCGGGCUUGAGGUUGUGGCUCAGCUGUUCAACUGUAUGGUUGGACUGCUGUUGAUAGCACUCCUUACCUGGGGGUACAUCAGAUACUCCGGGCAGUAUCUUGAGCUGGGUGGAGCUAUUGACUCUGGUGCAGCGUAUGUGUUAGAGCAGGCUUCUUCUCACAUUGGUAAUUCUACUCAGGCUGCCGUAAGAGAUGCCAUCGCUGGGAGACCACCUGCUGAUAAAAAAUCUCAAUAGCAUCUUAAUGGGAAGAUCCAGCAAGAGCCCAGUCAGCGUCUGGAUUUCUGCUAAUGCCAUCACGGGUUCAGUUCCAGGGGAAUGGCAGAUCUGAGACAGGGCACUGUAGUAAAUGAGCUGACCUUGGCUAUAGUUUCCACUU